AUGGACUCAGAUCGCAAGUCUACCGUAUCCUCCUUUUAUGGAGGCCGUAAAUCGUCAAUGGACCCUCUCGGCGCGGAUUUCAAUUCGCCAGUCCAGCAUUAUGCGAAUCCACCCACUGGUGUUGCGGACAGAGCCAGGAGGGACUCUGCAUCCUCCUUCUACAACCCAGAACGAGCAUCACGAACAAGCGUGGAUUUGCUGAGCGGUCAGCCGAGGCCGAGCGGUGGUUACACGCGGGAGACGUUUUUCCCUGGCGCAAGGAUGGAACCCUUGAAGGGCGGAAGGGAUGAAGAGGAGGCAGCGGGGAAGGAGUCCCCCUGGGACAUCUACGCUGACUUUAAUAACGCUGGGCCAAGAUAUAGUACUGCGUUCGGGAAGCAGGACGCUGCAUACCAACAACUACCUGCAGUUUCUUCGCCCAAGGCCGAGUACGACGCUACCAGUGCUACAACCAAUGGGCAGGUCGAGAUGGUCACCGUACCCACCAUGGGACCCGAAUGGGGACGUGAUGAGCUGAAGGGCAUGACUAAGUCAGGCCGUCGCGAGGUCAAGAGCAACAACCGAAGAGAGUUCUGGAAACGAUGGAACCGUAACGAGGUCGGCUUAUGUGGACGAUGGUUCAAUCGCAAGGCGCUCAUAUGGUUCCUCUUUGCGUUAUGCUGCGUCAUCAUCAUCGUACUCAUAUUCACCAUACCCCGAGUCCCCAGUUUCUCGUUCAGCUCUGUCACUCCUCUCGCAAACGCCACGGGCGAUUGGGCGUUGGCUGUCCCUGUGACCUUCAAUCGCUUUCCCGCCAAUUUUUCGUUCCCAGCUUUUGCCAAUCUUCAAGUCAAUACGCAGGAUAACUUCCUGCCUGUGCGAUUCAGCCGCCUGCACGCUAGCAUCUUUGACCUCGAUACUACCGUCCUGGUAGCGACCGGUGAUAUACGUGGGCGGUCGCUUCCUGCGAAGUCCUUCCCAGAAAUUCAGAUGCCGUUGAAUUUCACUUACGUCGCGAGCAAUGAUACCGACCAGACAUGGAAAAACUGGUAUGCUAGCUGCAGGAACGCAAUCAACUACUCUGAUGGCAAGCGACCGACGGUGCAGUUCCGACUCGUACUUGACAUGAAUAUAGUCGGACUUCCCUCCACCCGCCAUGCUUCUACCACGAUCACUGACGCUGCGUGCCCUAUCGAAUUGCCCUCAAAUUCCGUCUAA